UUGUGGAACAGUCGAUAGGAAAGCUCCAGGAACGGUCUUUGUUGUUCCUCUGAGUCCCUGUCUGACUCCAUUGCCGUUGAGGCUCCAGCAAAGCAAGGACUGCCCUAUUGCAGCACCACAAAGAUUCAGUGCCACCAGCGUGUGCCCCACGUCUGAGUGGGUGUCACUGUGACCCCAAAUGCUCUCUGCUCCGGUUCCCAGUGGGGAUGGUAUUGGGAAGCACAGAGGGAGAGAGUCUGGCAUCCCAUGGGGGACUCUGUGCCACAGUAAGCACUCCUAGACCUUAGGGGAGAGUGUGUUGCAGCGCAGGGGUGACAACCUGUGUGGGGCAGCUCCAUGGGGGCUGUGUGCAGUGCACUACGUGUGCCACCCCACUGGGGAAUCCAUAGUGCCACCACCCCUAGGUGACCACAAGAGGAGGUGACAUCACAACAUCCUGUCCCCAAAGGGGAACUGGCAGCAGCUGUCCUGCCACUCCUUGUCCCCACUGCAGUCUUGCUGUCUCCAAGCUGCUCCUGCCUCAUGGCAACAAUGGCGCUGGCCCUCAUCCUGGGUGAGUGACAAUGGGAACAUGGUGCCACAGGGGUUGUUGGCCUUGUGUGAGUCCAGGACCGUGUCUCUUGCAGGUUGGUGUCUGGUGGCAGCCAGCAGGGCACAGCACCUGCCCCGACCCUCCCUGUGGCUGCACCCCAGCCAGGGGGUGUCCCUGGGGGACACAGUCACCCUGCGGUGCCAUCUGCCCAGCCUGGCUGCCCGGGUCAUGCUCUACCAGAACAGACAACAGAGAACCAAGAAGGAGAAGGAGAAGGGGCAGACCACAGUGGAGUUCUCUUUUCUUAACACAAAGAGGACAGACAUGGGGGUGUAUCGGUGCCAAUAUCGGGUGUUGGAUCCACCUGGAACAUCAGAGCAGAGUGACCCCGUGGAACUGCUGGUGACAGAUCACACUUUCCCCCCACCUGGCAUUUCAUUGAGCCCAGAGGAACAGGUGAGAACUGGGACCAAUGUCACCAUCCAGUGCUGGAACCAGGGUUAUCGGGGCACCAUUUUCCUGCACAAGGACGGGCACUCAGCCUCUGUUAAGCACCGCCCCGAUGGUGGGGGCAUGGCCACCUUCACCCUCUUUGCAGUGACGCCAGCAGAUGCUGGCACCUAUAGGUGCUCCUACCGCCCCGCGGGAUCCUACUUUCUGUCCUCACCCCUUGGGGACAACGUGACACUGAAGGUGACACCCGGACCUGUGCACCCAGGUGGCACGGAGCAGCUGCACGGGAACAUGUUGGCAGCAGUGGUGGGGGGCUGUGCUGCCACCCUCGUGUUCAUCCUCAUCCUCAUCAUCUUCUUCCUCCUCGCUGCAAGCAGACACCGGAUGUGGACAGAUGAGAGCCAUGAUGCAGGUGCCCCCAGAAUGCCCAAGGCCGUGCAGCUCCAGGUACGCCCAAGUGACAGCGAGAGUCUGACCUACGUUGAGCUGCAAGCUGAGCCCCCCAGCACUCGGCCCCCUGCUCCCCCUGCUUCCCCACAGCCCCAUGUUAUCUACGCUGAUGUGAGCACUGGGAGACCCCGCUGAUGUCCCCCAUUUUUGUGGACAAACACGUGGAUGUUGUGUGCCAUGUGCACUUCAUCUGCACAGAGUGCUGGUGUCUUGGGUGUGCUCCCAGUCACAUGUACACUGCAUGCAUGUGCCAGUGCACGUGUUCAUGUGUAUUACAUGUGUGUAAACCAUCACAUGUCCUCAAUUCAUUUACAAACACGUGUGCUUCGUGCUCUGUGCCUCCAUGUGUGUAUGUGUGACAUCAUACAUGUACACUGAUCCAUGUACACAACACUGCACACGUGUGUCCUUACCGUGUGCCCCAUGUCUGCACCACAUCCGUCCCCACAGCAAACACCAAGGACACAUGUGUGCUCCCCAUGGCACAUCUGCAUCGCUCCAACCCAAACCAGCACCCAUCCCACAAUGCUUUUGGGACAGGAUUCCCAUUUCUGGAGUGUUUUCCUCUCACACGUUUGGAGGAGAAUUGCCUUUCUGAAGGGUUUAUCCUGCUUUUUGGGGGAGAAUUCCUCUUCCUGCAAGGCUUCACCCUUCCUGUACUCCAGGAGAGUUUGAUUCCAUCUUCUGGGGACAAUUCCCAAUUCU